AUGUCUUCCAAGCAUGUCAGCCCGAAGCUGCACGAAGAAAGACUUCGGAAGGAGUUUGUCGACGAGAAGGCCAAGGAGGCCGCCGACAGGCUGGGACUUGACUACGAGACGUACCACGACCUCCACAAGAAGGACACAGAGAGGACGUGGAAAAAGGUGCAGUGCGGAUUCGAUCUAAGCAAAGCCGUCGCACGAUUUGCGCAGAUGGGCACCUUGAUUGCCUUGUCCACCAAGGACUGCGGUGCUCACAACUUCGAGGUGAACGGGCACCAAGGCAAGACGAAGUGCACCAUUGACGUCACGGGAGCCAUCGCUUCCGCAGGAAUUGCCUCGAGCAUGAUCACCCUCAGUGUCAUCAAUUGCCCGGGCGCACUCGACUACACAAGGGCUAUGUCGGAGCGCUUGUGUGCAGCUUCCAUCAUUGACCUGGUGUCGGCGGCCACCUACAUUGGUACCUCUAUUGCAAGCGUGCAAAGCACAUGCGGCUCUCUGGACAAUUACCCUGGAGUUCCUGGCACCUAA